UACACUAUCUUUGGUAAGCGGAUUUUUCUCAAAUCAUUAAAUGCGAGUACAUUAUAAGAUUGUAAUUGUGCUUAUUUAAAAAAAAAACAUUUCAAAAUGGAAUUAUUAUACGAAAUACCUUUUAAAAUUUUACAAGUACCUAAUAUACGUUUAAAACGGCCAUCAUGGUUAAAAAAACCAUCAGCUAUGUAUAUGUAUACUAUUGUCAUGAUUUCGUAUUUUUUAGUCACCGGAGGUAUUAUUUAUGAUGUAAUUAUUGAGCCUCCCAGUGUCGGUUCUACAACUGAUGAAAAAGGUCAUUCUAAGCCUGUAGCUUUUAUGCCUUACCGUGUUAAUGGACAAUAUAUAAUGGAAGGUUUAGCAUCUAGUUUUCUUUUCAAUAUAGGAGGUUUAGGUUUUGUUAUAUUAGACCUAACUAACAAUAAGUCAACACCCAGAUUGAACAGAACAUUAUUGACAGCUGUUGGAUUUGCAUGUAUUAUUGUUUCAUAUUUCACAUGUUGGACUUUCAUGAGAAUGAAACUACCAUGUGCCCUCUGUUCCACUAUAAGGUGAGUAUGGAGGAGGGUUACAGAAUUCUGGAGGUUGUGGUUCAGUAAACUGUGGUAUCUGAAUAUGUGGAUACUGUGGCGGUUGACUUGCAUAUGAUUGUUGUGGAUAAGGUGGGGCUGGUGCUUGAUGAACAGGAUGUUGGAUUAUUGGUGGCUGUACAAUAUAAUGUGUGUUUGGAAUUGUUGAAUUUAAUGUUGCAUAUGGAGGACCAUUGACAGUAAUAGUUGUAGUAGAACAA